AUGGAUCCUCUGUUAUACAUUUCUCAAGAGAAAAAAAAAAAGAUGGAAUUGACAAAAGAAAAAUAUACACUGACACGACUUUGUUUUGUUUACAUUAUAAUUAUUAUCCCAGACACCACACAGUAUCUACUAGCUAUGACUACCAACACUUCUUCACCUGAUAUUCUAAAAGAAUAUUUAAUCAAAAGACUGGAGAUUAGAGAUCAUGUGUCACUAGAUGCUUUUAAGAAAGAAUUUCCUUCAAAUGUUUCAAUUGAAUUAAUAGAGAAAAUAUAUAAAGAGAUAGAACGCCAACAACAACACAGGUUCUCCAAGAUAAAACAAAAUAUAGAAUCCCAGUUCGAUAUCCCUAUCUCCAACUUGAUAUCAGAAAUAUCUACUAAUUCUGGAACAGUCAAGAAAUCAAUCUUACUUAACCUAACUAAAGAGUUGGAGCUCUUAAUGUCCAAGCUUGCAACCCAGGAGUCGGAAUUGAAUGAGAACAUUAAACAAAAAAUUAACGAUUUAAAUUCUUUGAUUCCUUUGCUUCCUUCAAUUCAAUUUGCAGAAGAACAAGAAUCUGACGAGAUUAUGGAUGAUGUGCUUCAGAAAAUCGACACUAUAUCUGGUAUUCUAAGCUUAAACCAAUCAAUUAAUUAA